AUGUGCAAAAAUAUUAGCGAAGAAGAAAUUUGUGAUUUAGCGAAACAACUUUAUGAACAUGCUCAAUUACUUCCUUGUAAACGUUCUGCUAAUAUUCUUCGUGAAGAACUCUUAAAAAAAGGCGAAAAAAUAAAAAGAUUACCAAACCGCUAUAUGGAUAAAAUAAUUAGCAUUAAGGAUCAAACAACUGUCGUAAAAAUCAUAUCAAAAAUGUGGUGGUCACUUUCCCAGGAAAACAAAAACGUUUAUCUUAAACUUCAAGAAGAAAUAAAAUCCACACACAAAAAGAGAUAUCCUGACUGGAAAUCUAAUCAAAGCAGAUAUAGGUCAGAUUUCAAAGUUGGGAUCACAGAUUGA